CAGAAAUCACCACUUAAAAGACAGCGUGAGACACUUUCAACGAGGAGGAUAUGAAUAAUGAACAGCUUCUAGAAUAAAAGAGUGUCUCCAAAUCUGAUGAGUGAGUCACCAGAGCUGUCUGGUGCUCAGAACUAUGGAUCACCCUCUGACCAUUGUGUUUUUUGGAAACUCUGCUGCAGUCCAGUUUCAACAUGACAAUUAUCUUCUUGGAGAAAUACAACCAAAUAUUGAAAAUGUUGCAAUAUCCAGGACUGUUCUUUUGCAGAUGAAGAAAUCAGGACAUCAUGUCUCAGUGAUCAGUCUGAUUGGCUUACACGAGACUGCACUUAAUCUGGAUUCUCUCACUGAUCAACUAGUGAAUGAAAAUGAAAUCAUUGCCUUCAUCUUUGUUGUGCGACUGGGCCAGUUAACGGAUGCUGAUAAGAUGGGUCUUGAGUGGCUUCAGAGAGUGUUUGGGGACAGAGUUCUUCAGUUUGUGAUGAUUCUCUUCACCUAUGAGAGCGAGGAAGAGUCUGACUCUAUAAUAGAUGAUCUGAAGAAAAACUCUGCUCUGGAGCGGCUGAUUAAGAAAUGUGGUGGAAGAUAUCACACCUGCAGCAAGAAUAUGAACAACCAGUCAGAGAUGAGGGACCUAAUGAACAGAAUUGAGCAACUGUUUACUGAUAACAAACAGCAGUGCUACACCAGUGAGAUGUACAACACUGCAUUAAGAGAGAGAGGAGACCUGCAAAACAGGACAUAUGUGAGUCACUCAAUCGGAGAGAAGUGUUCAUUUGAUGGGGCACGAUUAGAUAAAAACAGAAAAGGAAGGAGGAAAGAAAUAGAGCAUCUAUUUCACAGACUUCAUCUUGACAACCAGCACGUCUCUAAACUAAGAGCUGCAGAUGUUCUUCAACUAACUACACAUUCAUUACAGUCCUAUGAGUCUUGUUCUGAUGAGGACCUCAUACAGACUUUCCUACAAAAAAUACUGAUGAUGAACUACAGAGCAAGGCACAUUAAAACUAUAGACACCCAGCCUGAUGGACAACAAAGAAACAAUGACUUGAUUGAAGAUGAGGAGGAUGCUGAUAUUUUCCGAGAAAUAUCUUUAAUUCCUGAAGAAACAAACGGGAGUGAUGCUAUUCACCCGAUGGAUGUUCAGAUGGCCGUGUUUCAUUCUGCUGAUAGUUUCCUGAAGCAGCUGAUGGUGACUAAACUGUCUCAGUGUCAGUACGCUCUGCCUCUGCUUGUUCCUGAUCCCUUCACACAAGAGAUUGAGUUUCCUCUCUGGACAUUCAGACAAAUCAACAAGAGCUGGAAGAUGACAGAUACCAAUAAUGAAAUCAUCAGUAUAAUCCAGCCUGUCUGGAAGGCAGAAACACCAAUGGUGUCUUUCUUCAGGUUUGACCCAUUGUCCUCAUCCAAAUCUCAGCUGAUGAAUAAUCUAGUUAAUGAGAGACACAACAUGUUCUUCCACAGGGACUGUAAAGGCAGCAGCAGUACCGGACUACUGAUGGAUGGAGUGGUGGAUAUCGCCUGGUACUGCCCCUCUGGGAAAAACACAGAUAAAUUCAGUCAGUGUAUUGCUUUCUGUAACCUUCAUGGUGAUGCAGGACACCAUGAGAAACAGCUGCAGAUCCUCACUGAAAUGGCCUCAGUCAAUGUUGUUGUUCUACCACGACUUGACCAGAAUGACAAGAACGCAAAAAAGAUUCAAAGCCUGUACAAGGACAAAAAGCCACUCAUUUGUCUUUUUACUGGAGAUAAAUCUAAAGUAUCUGAAAUAAGAAAAGGAAAAUACAAAAUUGGACUAAAAAAGAGAAAUCAGUCAGAUGUAUCUGAAGAACUCAUAAAAGCUAUAAAUAAAUGUCUCUCACUCUCGUCUUCAGAAUCAUCAUCUGUUUUUAGACUUGAAGAUGUGUCCAAAUACUCAGGUAUCAGAGUAGAUGAGGAUCAUGACAAUUACUGCAGCAGAGGGAAAAAAGCAGCCCAGCAGAUGAUGGAUUUACUGGAGAAAAAAGAUCUUACAGAAAUCAAAGAAUCAUUUCUGCCCUGUCAGGGGAAACCGUGGCAUCAAUGGUGUGAAAAGAACAAAGAACUACAUCGAUCACAGGGAAAUGAAAUAGACAUAGAAAUAAAACAGAAACAAGACAUGAAGAAAUUUCGUGAACAGCAGUAUAAAAAUGACAUUGGUGAUUUCAUGAAGUUGUUUAUUGCAGAAAUAAAUUCACAAUCUCCAAAUGAGAAGACAUUUUUUCUGAAAUGGCUCACAAUCCUCCUGGAUGAAUAUACCUCAGCCGACCUUUCUGCUCUACAUCACAAGUACGAUGAAAAGUGGUCAAAUGUCUUAAAACUGAAAGAGAACAAUGACAGAUUUGAGCAACAGAUGGCAACAAAUUUGACCAAUGAACAAAUGGAACUUGAAAGGAUAUCAAAAGCACUUCAAGCUGCAACCUUUGGCCUGGAGCACAUCCUGAGGGAGAUUGGUCAGAUCUAUGAAUCGUGUAAAUCAGAGAAUAAGAACAAGGAAGGCAUGCCGUGUGAUUUUUCUUCUCUCCCGAGUCUUGCAGCAGAGAUGAUGAUCUCUGGAUUUCCACUGGAGCUGAUGGAUGGAGACGCUGCUCAUGUUCCUGUGGUCUGGGUUACUGCUGUUCUACAUGAACUCAUCCAGAAACUGGGAGACAAGAGAGUGUUUGUGCUUUCAGUUUUAGGGAUCCAGAGCUCAGGGAAAUCCACUAUGCUGAACGCCAUGUUUGGACUCCAGUUUGCUGUCAGUGCUGGCAGGUGCACCAGAGGAGCUUUCAUGCAGCUGGUCAGAGUUUCAGAUGAGAUGAAAGGACAACUGAAGUUUGACUAUAUUCUGGUUGUUGAUACUGAGGGGCUUCGUGCUCUAGAACUGACUGGAAGGUCAACAAGACACCAGGACAAUGAAAUGGCCACAUUUGUUGUUGGUCUUGGUAAUCUGACAUUGAUCAACAUCUUUGGAGAAAACCCAUCAGAGCUGCAGGACAUUCUUCAGAUCGUUGUUCAGGCAUUCAUGAGGAUGAAGAAGGUUAAUCUGUCUCCCAGCUGCAUGUUUGUUCAUCAGAACGUUUCAGAAGUCACAGCCGGAGAGAAAAACAUGGAGGGAAGGAGACGGCUACAGCAGACACUGGAUAAAAUGACAAAACUUGCUGCUAAAGAUGAAGUCUUUGAUGCAGAAUGUUUCAAUGAUGUUAUUACUUUUGAUAUACAGAAGGAUGUGAAAUAUUUUGCACAGCUGUGGGAGGGCAGCCCACCAAUGGCACCACCAAACCCAUCAUACUGUGAAAACAUCCAAGAGCUAAAGACAACUUUUUUUAGCCAUGCCUCAAAAUCAGAUGGCUUAGAGCUAACACACCUAAGCGGUCGUAUUAGUGAUCUCUGGGAGGCUUUACUGAAUGAACGAUUUGUGUUCAGCUUCAGAAAUUCUCUUGAAAUCGCAACAUACAGAAAACUUGAGACAGAAUACAGCAAGUGGUCUUGGAGCCUCCGCAGAACCAUGCUGGAUAUAGAGAACAAACUCUACAACAACAUAGAAAAUGAAAGAAUGGAUGAGGUUUCAGAAAGUCAUCUUAAAGAAAAACUAAAACUGAAAAGUGAAGAAGUAGAAAAAUCAAUGUCAGAUUUCUUUGAGAGAGAUAAAGAUAAAGAUAUACUGAUACAGUGGAAAGCGUCAUUUAACAUCAAAAUCAAUGAGCUUCAGGAAAACAUUGUGAGAGAAACAAGGAGGAAAUUAAAUGAGAUUCUUCAGCAGCGAGAUAUGAAGAAAAAGAUUGAUGCUCAGAGGACACGCCAUGAAAAUACUCUCUUGGAAAAGAGCAAAGAACUUGCAAUAAAACUGAAAGACAAAGCCAAUGAUGAAACAAUCCUGAAAAAAGAGUUUGGAAAGUUUUGGAAAGAAUGUGUUAAUAAGAUUACCACAGAAACUCCUCCAAUCAAAGACAUUGAUGUAUUAAAAGACAUGAAACAGUUCCUCAGUAACUAUAAGAGUGUUCCUGUAAAUGCCUGGAAAAAGAGUAGGGAUAUUUUCUCUGUGCCGAGUUAUUCAGAUUACGUACAGUUAAAGAAAUCCUGUGGAAUUACAGGAUAUGUUAAAAAUGCCUUCAGGUCAGCUAAACAGAAGUUUGAGUUUAAAACCCAAAUUAGAACCUUAGUCAAUGACAUUGCUCAACAUGUAGACAACAUGAUCAUGUCGUAUAACAUUGCAAAAAUGGGCUACAACAAAAGCUGCAUUCAAGAACUCGCAGAUUAUGUCAAAGGCAGAGUAGAAGAUUAUGGGCAAGGCUCCAGGGACUAUGUGUUUACGAAGGAAUUUUACAUGGAUUUGGUCAUUUCCAUCUGUAAGAGAGAAAACAAGGUAAUUACUGACCAGUAUACAAUGUUCAGGGAAGCCAAUGAUCCUGUUUUCUACUUUGAAAAGAAGAGCAAAGAGUACUAUAGUAUUUUUCAGAAAUACUGUCAAGGUGCAACAUCAGCUGCCAUUUUUGGUGAGAUCAUCUGUCAGAAACUGAAAGAGCCCAUUCAAAAGAGUGUCUACAAAGAUACUGCCAUAGAUCUGACCAGUGAAAUUCAAACAAACUGUGAAUCACUAAAUGGAAACAGAUCUAAACUAGAGAAACACGUCCUCAAGACUCUGGCAGAACUGGAGGAUUUUGGCAAAUACAUUACAUACUUCAACACUCCCAGAGACCAUUUAAAGAGUUUCAUCAGAGAUGAAGUCAAUCAGUACAUCGCUGAUAACUUUAGAGUCAGUGUUCGGCCCAAGAUGAAGAAGAACAUUAAACUUCUGCAGCAGAAGAUCAUGGCAGCGGCUCAUAGAGCAACUACACUCGUCAACACGACCAGCGGAGAUGUUCAGAAAUGGCUGAAACAUUUCACACUGCAGCUCUCAGAUGUGCUGAUAUUCUCUGUAAAGGACUUUAAUGGAGUGAGUCAUGAUGGUGUUGAUGAUUUCAACCUCCUAGAAGAUGUGAUAAGUGAAGAACUUGAUUCAGUAUCAUCUGAAAUACAACAUAAAUUCAGUACAAAGACAAUUCCAGUAAAUCUGGAACAUAAAGACAGACCAGAUGAGAUUCUGAUUGAUCAUCUCUGUCAGUGCUGCUGGGUUCAGUGUCCAUUCUGUGCAGCCACCUGCACCAACACUGUGGAAAACCAUUCUGGAGAUCAUAGUGUUCCUUUUCAUCGGGUUGAUGGACUCACUGGUAGCUGUUAUGAUGAAACAGAGUGUCUUGGUGCAGAUUUUUGCACAAAUUUAGUGAGAACUAGUAAAAUGUUCUAUACAGGUCAGUGGUUUCCAUGCAGAGAAUACAGAAAAGCAGGAAAUGUCUAUGCAGAGUGGAGCAUCACUCCUGACUUCUCUGAGCUGCCGUAUUGGAAGUGGUUUGUGUGCAGAUUUCAGAAAGAUCUGGAAAAAUACUUUGAGAAGACAUUCCACCUGUGGGAUGUUAUUUCAUACGAAUGGAGCCAAUACUCAAAAGAGCAAGCUAUCAAGAGUUUGGAUGAAUACAUCAAAUGACAAAAGAAGAUAACUCAUAUGUAGGUGUUUGAUUCAUAGACCACAAUUUGUGAAAUUAAAAAUCUUCAGGAUUUAUUUUCUAUAAAUUACAUAAAAACUGUGUGAAAACCAAUGUGAAAUUGUUUGGUAAAUAGUUUCAUGGCACUUUAAGAUUAAUCAUUAAUCUACAGUACUGUUACCUACUAGUCACAGAUUAAAUUUGAAAUGUAAAUGUUUUUAAAGAACAGAUUAAAAACAUUAUUUUAUGAAUUAAUAAAAAUGUGUGUAUGAAUGUAUCUAGUGUUAAGUAAAAAAUGGAAGAAAAAAAGGUCAACAUAAGUUUAAGCAGUUUUAAUUGUUCAGCAUGUAUAACAGUAAGUAGGCCUUUGUGAGACUAUCAUGAAUGGACUGCAGAGGGAGGCAGAGCUGUUGUACUGAAUAUGGACUCUUUUCACAGUUCUUGGUUAUUGUAGAGUAAACUUAAGGCUUCUACAAAACAAAGAUACAAUGGUGAUAAAGUGUUAAAAAUAACGAAGUUUCAUUCA